AUGCAGCUUGUAUUGCCGUUCGUCGUAGCUAUAUGUAUUGCUGUGGAGGUGGUCUCGCGCUCUUCUGAGGGUUUUGCAACCUGUAGCAGCCUAAACGGACCAUUCUGUCAAGGCUUUGGAUCUAAGUUCCUUGUUGCCUCGCCGCACGAGAUGCAAAAUCUUGACGCGGAACAAUCGGAGCUCGUUGCGGCGAAAAAGCUGAAGAUUGAGAACGUUUUAAAGCAAUACGAGCUGCAGAAUGUGGAAAAAGCGGAUAGUUUGGGCGACGAGAGUGAUAUAGAAUAUUUGAGGAAGAUUCGAUUGCUGCUGAAGGAGAACAUGAUGCUAACAGAUGCGGAAAAAAAGACUGACAGCAAGGAUUCAAAGGCUAGCGCGCUCGGGUCGGCCACGAACGCUGCGUUGGAGCUGCUUAGAUUAAUGAACGGAGACGAGCUCAAGGAUUUUUUUGAGAUGGCUCUGAAUGUGGUGCUAGAGACCGGGGAAGCGACGCUAAAGGAGAUGUCGCCUCAGACAGUCGAGGGACUUCAUACCACAGUUUACCAGCUCAAGGCUUUAAAAGAUUACUCUACGUAUCAGUUCCAGCAGCUUGACGAGCUGGAGCUACUAUCUAUCCGCCUUAAGUUCGUCAUGGACCGUAUUGUGGAGCUGCAGCAAGCGUUUGAAAAUUUGGUGAUCGCCGACAAUGCCAAGGACCGACAGUGUACCGGGGGAUCAGGUCUGAUAGAGAUGGCAGGCUGCGGCGGGCGCGGCGGCUAUCGAAUAUCAGAUGGUGACUGGGCUUGUCCCAAUCCUGGCUGCUCCAACGUCAACUUUGCCCGCCGAAAUUCGUGCAAUCGCUGUCAGACGCCACGACCUGAAGGCUUGUGCGGCGACAAGUCGAAUGCGACACGUGAAAAUGAUUCACGAGGUCCGCCAGGGCUGUUUCAGCCUGGAGAUUGGACGUGCAACACAUGCGGAAACGUUAAUUGGGAGCGACGGUCUGAGUGUAAUAUGUGUAAAAGCUCCAAGCCAGGGAUGGUCGGACUGGACGAAAAGCGCGACGGUGCAGGUGGGGGCUUUAAUGAGCGACAGGAAAGGGUCGCGUCGGCCAAGACGGAGGUAGGAGAGGAUGGUUACGAUGAUUUCGGCAUAAGGAAGAAGAAAGUGAAAGCAUCCAAGGCUGAGCGUGAGGCCGCAGCGCUAGCACGUCUGCAGCAAUCGUACGGCGCAAUUUACCAGCCACCUCAAAGUGCUAUGGAAUCCACAGCAAUCUGUGUAACUCGAGAUAAGGCACCACUCGUUGGCUCCCCUCUAUCUCAGGACGACGUGAAGCUUCGACGCAGCCGAUCGCCUGUGAGAUUAACAAGCUCACUCAAAUUGCGCAGUCGAAGUCGCGACCGACGACACCGUAGUCCAAGUCGGACAAAGAAUGACCGAAGAGACCACAGCCCAGCAAAUCAUACCCGAAGACGUCAUCAUCGGAGUCGUAGCCGUGGUGGCAAUUGCAGUCGCGAUCGUGACCACGAUCGACAUGACAAACGCUACCGAUAA